CACCAUGUGCACAGAAAAGUGACAGCUGACUUGAAAAAAAUUUAUAUAAAAUUUCAUCGAGCAAUCAUUUUUUUUUGAUUCUGUACGAUUACGUAUAUAACUCAGUCCAGUUUACUUGUACAGCAAUGGUACAGAAAAGCAAUGGUUUUACGGCAUUCUUCAAGAAUAUUUAUUACGAUGAAUACAAAUGGGCUCUCGUGAAGAGUGCUUCAUUAUUCAUCUUGGGAGUACGGAUCGCAAAUGAGUGUAUCGGGCUUGAGCUGAUGCCGACAGUUCCACAUUAGUGAUAGAUCAUUUCCGUUUAUAUACCUAUUACUGUAAUUUACAUUUCGAUUAAAUGCAUAUUAAAUAAAUUGUAAGGUGUUUGAAA